CUGGCCCCUUUGUGACGUCACAAUCAGCUGUUUGAACGUUCCAAUUUGUGCAGUGAACUCCGCAGCUGCGGCAGCACAGACUCCAAACUCCGCGGCGAGCGCAGCAGCUCCGAGCAUCCGGCUAGCCCCGCUGCCUCCCCGCCCGGCUCCCGUGAUGCAGCCCGGCCUGUGAACAGCGCUACGACGCUCUGCCGCACAACUACCUCAGCGCCACCCCCGCCCGCUCUGCCCGCCGCGCCGUUCCGCCUGCAGGUUUUUCACAGCCAUAGGGCGCCCCCGUGAGGCCGCUUCACUGCCCCACCAUGUUCCAGCGCCUCACCAGCCUUUUCUUCAGCACCCCUUCACCAGCAGAAGCCCCCGACUGUCCUCGAGCCUUCGUCUCCAAGGAAGAUGAAGUGGAUGGCUGGCUCAUCAUUGACCUGCCGGACAGCUACGCAGCUCCCUGCAGCCCUGGGGCCGGCCCCGCCCCCGCUGGCCGCCCUCCACCCGCGCCCUCCCUGAUGGACGAGAGCUGGUUUGUUACCCCUCCCGCCUGUUUUACCGCAGAGGGGCCCGGCCUCGGGCCUGCCCGCCUCCAGAGCAGCCCCCUAGAGGACCUCCUCAUUGAGCACCCCAGUAUGUCCGUUUACGUCACCGGCAGCACCAUAGUGCUAGAGCCAGUGCCGCCUUCCCUGCACCCAGACGCUGCCCUGCCUGACACCGACCUCAGCGACGACGGAGAGUUGGCCCCUGCCCGCCGCGAGCCCCGGGCCCUGCACCACGCUGCUGCUCCCCUGCCGGCGCGGGCAGUGCUGCUGGAGAAGGCCGGCCAGACGCGGCGGCAGCAGCGGGCCCGACAGCGGGCCGAGCGUCACGCGCUGAGCGCCAAGGUGGUGCAACGGCAGAACCGCGCCCGUGAGAGCCGUCCACGGCGGCCAAAGCAUCAGGGCAGCUUUGUCUAUCAGCCGUGCCAGCGCCAGUUCAACUACUGAGUGUUGGCGGCUUGCACCAUCAAUCUGUUGCUGUCUCUCAAUUCCCGUCUGUCUCUUGUGUAGCGGCCAGUGUGCUGCUGGAGGGACAGCCAGCACCUGGGACUGGAUACCACACCCUUGAGGUGGAGUGAUGGCCAUUCCUUGACUCCCUCGGUUUCCCCAUCUUUGAUCAUCUAAAUCCACCUCUGACUGCCACCUUCUGCCUCUCUCAUCCUCCCACACUCAGCAUCUAAUCGUCCAUCCUUUCCACCGUUGAUACUCUAAGCUUCCCUCCCUGACUCCCCUCCCUGUGUCUUUCACUUUGCCCUUUUGGCCCACUCCUCCAUUUCUGAGAGCCUCUUCUACUCUGACUUGGCUCAUUCCUCACCUUUAGCUUGCACCUUAGAGAACUCAUCUUUCCUGAGUUUGGCAUUACACUCCUGUCCCCUUAUUGCUCAUUUACAGUAAUUUUCUCCAAAAUGGAUAAAGGGAGGGGAUCCUAAGCCCAACUUGACCAGGGAAAACCUGUGCAACCCCUAUCUCUUUGCCCUUCAGGAAGAGGUCUGGCUCAGAGUUUUACUUUUAUCUCUCCCUUCUCUUUGCCUAGGGGGCUUGGGCUCCUUUGAAGGCUGCUUUUAGGCCUGAAAAGGUAAAAGUAUGUGAAAGAGGACAGUGAGAUGUGUGUUUGAUUGAGAAGGUGGAGGGAUUCAAGGGAAUGAGGCAGUCCACUAGAGAUGUAGAAAGGAUGGAUUGGAAAACUGUUGGGAGCAAGGCAUUAUGGGAGCUGGCACUAUGGUUGCUCAGAGAGGCAAGCCUUGCUCUCAGGCUGGAGCCUGGAGUCUGUCCCCCACCCCCAUAAUCCUACCUCUGUGUCUUUUCCUGAAAUUACCUACUACUCUGCAGGCUCCCAAGUUUGAAGGGCUUAGUACUUUGUCAUCCUACCUUGACAUGCCACCCCAGGAAUAGAAGCUGGGAAAAGCUUUGGCAUCCAGACCUAGUGUUUAUAUGUCCAAGGUGCUAGAACUGGGCUAGGAGAGAUACAGGCCAGAGGGCUUUUGGGGUAGGGAAAGGGCACAUACCCCAAGGUAAGAAUGCACUAGAAUGGUGCUGAAGAGGAUAAACUGUGGUGUGAAGCCAUAUCAAGACUGACAGCUUAGCCUUCAGCUUGCCUCUGGCCUUGUGUUUCAUAUUCUGCGCAGUAUGGCUAAUAAACACUCCUGGGCAGGAGGCCAGGAGCCCCACUGUUCCCUUUCCCCAACUAUCCUAUCAAGGUUCAGGACCUUCAAAGUUCUCAUUUUCUCUCACAGGGCUCUUCCUUUCUUUUGGGGUACCUAUGAAUCCCUCCCCCUUUCUUUUAGUACUUAAAGCAAGGAACCUGAAUCCUUGGAUGACUAGGGCAGGGAAGGCAAACUUCCCCUUCUUGUGGUGGGAUUGAAUUUUGGGCUCAGACACCAGCAAAAGCCUCUUGGGAUGCCCUGAAAUGCUUCUCAUUCUGUCUUUUUCUAAUGUGUGCUUUCUUCCUUGAAAUUUUUAAGAUUUCUUGUUACAUACUAACAGGUCUUCCUUUUCAUCCCAAUUCCAGAUUUCCAGGCCUCUGGCCAAGCUGGGGUUGGAAAAAACACUGCAUUUCUAUUAGGGCAAAGGCAGCUGCCCUCUCUAACUCUAUAGUCUCUAGCCUCACAUGGCAUUUGUGGAGAAGAGGGGGAAUCCCCAGUUUCUAGGGUAGGGGCAGAAGCAGCCCUGCUGUGGUUUUCUAUCCUGAGUAAUAAGCCAAAUUGACAUUAUAAGCAGAAUGAAGUCUCCCAUGCUGUUUACUAGGACCCUAGUAGUUGACAACCUUGCUCCUCUCUCCAAGUUCUCUAACCUAUAUACUUUUAUUCUUCCAGCUACCCUUGAUUACAUUGUAGCCAGCUUAGGGCCUUUAGUACUUCCAACAGCUAGGACCUAACCCUUUUUGCUACUUCUCAUUACCAGCUGAUGCCUGUGCUAAUCCUGGGCAGUGCCCAUGAUCCUGCUGGUAGGAGAAGAGUUAAAUGGCAUUUUGGCUGACAUUUCUAAAGGCUCUGCACCCUUACCUGUUUCUUGAGGUUCCUAUAGUUCUAGAACCCCUCAAUCUCUCACUUGGCUGAUUGCAAGGUUCAUAUUUUUGUACUUUCCUAUAAAUCCUGUAGCAUUUGAGUGUGGCAAUAUUUUAAUUGUGUAUAGAUUUCUAAGAACCAACACUACUCAAGUCUGCUAGUCUGACUCCUGAAGCAUCAGACCUUGUCAUACUGUAUUGACUGUGUAUGUGCCUUUCACCUUGAGCAUGCUUCAGGAUUUUCUUUUUUAAAUCACAGAACUUGAAUAAAGGAGGGAACCAGAAUUCACAAAGUCCUAUGCAACCUUAGACAGAAGAAGGCAAGUCUGUCUUGACGUUUUCAGAGACCCUGGAGAAGUCUGUACCAGAUUCUAGUAUUAAUGUCAUUACUACCAGCACUUUGCCAAAAUUAAGGAUGUUAGAGAGACCUGUUUCUAUUAUAUCCAAUAGUGACUUCCAGUUUUUCCUAGUAAGUCUUGAGUGGUUCCCUUAAGCUGGUUGUCACUAACAUUUGCCAGAACAGUCCUAGAGGGUACUGUGUGUGUGAGUGUAGUCUGGUGCUGUUUUGGAAUAUGCCUGCUCCCCAGUCCCCUCCCUGGAACCCUACGAUCAACUUGCUGUGAUCAUAAUGUCUUGGGUGCAACAAGGAACCCAGCACCAUCCAGCUCUUGGAUGCCUUCCCCAGAUUCACAUAGCUGUGUGUGAGAAGACUGAAUGCAGACACACUAUAGCCCACUUCUAAUACUUCCCUCUUAUCCUGCCACCUAGUUCCAAAUAGAACCAACAAGUUGAAUGCAUCCCUGUUGGGGGUUUUGUGUUGAGAAUGGCUGAAAUGAAAAGACUUUUGGUUGACCAUGUUGUGAUGGGUUGACAGACUUAAGGACAUAACCACCUCGACCUGGUCAUGUGGCAUGCCUGUGUAUGUGUGUAACAGGAUUCUGAUUAGAUUGUAACGUUAUUCCUUUAUUGGAGAAAAAUUAAUAUAAACAAAUAAAAAUCUAUUUAAAGCA